UGGGAUCCAGAGGCGUGGGGCCCGGAGCGGCGGCAGUUUGCCUGAGAGUCUGUGGUCCGUAGGGGCUGGCCCGUCCACCAUGUUCUGCGAGAAGGCCAUGGAGCUGGUCCGCGAGCUGCACCGCGCGGCCGAGGGAAGGCUACCUGCUUUCAACGAGGAUGGACUCAGGCAAGUUCUGGAGGAGAUGAAAGCUUUAUAUGAACAAAACCAAUCUGAUGUGAAUGAAGCAAAGUCAGGUGGACGAAGUGAUUUGAUACCAACCAUCAAGUUUCGGCACUGUUGUUUGUUAAGAAAUCAGCGCUGCACCGUAGCAUACCUGUAUGACCGAUUGCUUCGGAUUAGAGCACUCAGGUGGGAAUAUGGCAGUGUCUUGCCAAGUGCUCUACGAUUUCACAUGUCUGCUGAAGAAAUGGAAUGGUUCAAUCAUUACAAAAAGUCCCUUGCAACCUACAUGAGGUCAUUGGGAGGAGAUGAAGGUUUGGAUAUCACACAGGAUAUGAAGCCUCCAAAAAGCCUAUAUAUAGAAGUGCGGUGUCUAAAAGACUAUGGAGAAUUUGAAGUUGAUGAUGGUACUUCAGUCCUAUUAAAAAAGAAUAGCCAGCACUUUCUACCUCGGUGGAAGUGUGAACAGCUGAUUAGACAAGGCAUUCUGGAGCAUGUGCUGUCGUGACCCAAUGGCUGCCAAGGCGACCUUGGUGCGAGGUUGGACCCAACCAAGGACACUUCUCCACCUCCUUCUCCACCUACCCCCAGGCCCACCACUUUUUGGUUUUACAAUUUAGACUUUCUUUAACCAGAAAUGCUUGGCAGAGGAGUAUGGUUUGUUUUUCUUUUUCUCUUUUCAUUUGAACCUUAGUUUCUCUUAUUUAAUUUCCAAAUAUAAUUCUAUAACCUUCCAUUGUAAACAUAUUUUUGAAUCUAUGUUGUAUGCUUGCAUUUUGAAGCAUCAGUUCUCAAUAGAGAGUUUGAAUUCUUGCCAUACAAAGACUCCACAUAUCCAACCUGCUGUCCACAGUUCUAGAGGGAAGUCCAAGAUCAAGGCUCUAGCAGAUUCUGUGCCUAAAAAGAGUGCUUCCUGGUUCAUACACCUCCAUCUUCUCAUUCUUUCCUCAGCUCAUUAUUUUUCUAUUGUACAGGAUUUUCCCCUUUGUGUGGUAAGUUGUAUCUGUAAUCACAACAUUCCUACAAUUCCCAAAAUACUGUAGUAUGUUUUUGUUUAAUGAAAGUGAACAUUUAUCAAUAUUACAUUUUAAUCUCUUUUAAACAAUGAGGAAGAGUUUCACCUGGCUGUAUAGGGAGACAGUAGGUCCCUGUGCAUCUGGUGGUGUUGUUGGAAGUGUGCACUGUGUGAGGAAGGGAGCUGAAUUUUUGCAUUUCUUGUUUUCAAAUCACAUGGGCAGGUGGAGCUAAUGGUCUAUAAAAUUUUCAGUGUAUUUGAUGUUUAAUAACAUAUUAACUUACCACCUGGCUAUUUAGGAAGAAAGGAAGGACACAGUGGAUUUUGCCCAUUUCCAGCAGUGGUGGCUGGUCUGGCUCAUGCCUGUCUGCGAGCUUAUGGGGUGAGCACCAGGAACUCCACUUUGGGAAGAGAAAUUGAAAUUGGGGCUAGGAAAGGAACUUUGUGCAGUUUCCUCCCAAGAGUCACAGUGACCAGAAAGUCACAUGAAGAGCUGGUCAACUAAGUGGAGGGCAGUUUCUAUUGCCCGCUAAACUGAAAAUGGUAGGCAUUGAAGAGGCACAGAGUAGUCUUGCCUGGUGGUCAGUGGCCUUUCCCCACAGGUCCCUUCCAUGACCAGCCCAGUAAUCUCAGAGGCAUUCAAAUUUAAAAUCCAGAUAAACUCAGUACCUGGGACUCUCUGCAGUUUCUCAAACAGGGGAAUGUUUCUGGCCAAAAUUAUACUCAAGAAAUCAAGCUAUAGAGGGGAUCUACCUAGGCUGUGGAUCUGCAUAUUUUCACAACACAUGUACUUAGGUCAGUAGGCAGCCUUUGGCAGAUUUGUUUUUUUUUUUUUUUUAAUGGCCAUGCCUUGCGGCUUACGGGAUCUUAGUGAUCUUAGCUUCCCGACCAGGGAUUGAACCCACGCCCUUGGCAGUGAAAGCAGAGUCCUAACCACUGUACCGCCAGGGAAUUCCUUCAUUUUUAAAAAUAGUUCCUCCCACACCUUCAUAGCCAGAUCAGAUUUUCAUCUGAAUCUCUGCCAAUAAACAAUAAGGAAAAUUUCCCUAGUGGAUGGGAUGGAUGAUGUUUUAACUGUAGGGUAGUUGUCACUUCCUUCCCUUGCAUUCUGCUCUUCUAAGCAUGUGGAACCAUGUGCAGGUGAGCCUAGAGUCCAUGUGGGUCAGCUGUGAGGAUAAAUAGCAGUGAAGGCCAUUGCCCUGUCUCCAGCCCAGCAUCAUUCCUGUAAAUUAUAUGAUGUACUUUUCUGUUAAAUUCCCAAAAUAAAAUAAUAAAUAUAUCCCUUAUUUGAAGGGAAUGUAUAUACUAGUUGAAAAGUUAAAAUUUUGUAGGUUUUACUGGUUUAUGUUGACUGGCUCUCUAGAAUCGUGGCUAGAAUUUUAAAAUGUUUUUUUCUUAUAGAGGUAAUACAUGCACAAUUAAAAAGGUUUAAAAAAAUAUGUAGAAAAUGAAAGUUCCCCCUUUACCUACUAAAUACCACCAUCCAGUGUGUCCACUGUUAACUGGUUACGAAUGUAAGUGUAAUCCCAUUUCAAUUUUUUUUUAAGUUUAUUAUUUAUAUUUCUAUUGUCUGCGUCAUUGCUAUGUGCAGGCUUUCUCUAGCCUUGGCGAGCAGGAGCUACUCUUCGUUGCGGUGCGGGAGCUUCUUAUUGCAGUGGUUUCUCGUUGCGGAGCAUGGGUUCUAGGCACACAGGCUUCAGUAGUUGUGGCUCUCGCACUCUAGCGUGCAGGCUCAGUAGUUGUGGCUCACGGGCUUAGUUGCUCUGAGGCAUGUGGGAUCCUCUCAGACCAGGGCUCGAACCCAUGUCCCCUGCAUUGGCAGGCAGACUCCCAACCACUGCGCUACCAGGGAAGUCCCCCAUUUCUUUUUAGUAUUUUCCCACUUUCUAGUUUUUGCUCCUAAUGUCAAUGGACUCUUCUUUUGUAUUAUAUUUUCAAAUUGGUUUUGGCUGAUACAUAUAAAAAAGCUGUAAAUUAUGAUGAUUUGGCCACAUUCCUAUAUGAACUCAUUUCUUUUUCAUAUCAAUUUUGUUGUCUAGAACUUUCAGGAAAAUGUUGAGUACUGCUGGUAAUAGCUGGCAACUUAUCUUUUUCCUGACUUGACUGGAAUGCCACAGUCUUCUUAAUCUCUCUGUCCCAUACUUCUCCAGGAAAACUACCAAAACUUGUGGCGUCCUUCAGUGCAACUUGCAACCUCAAAAUAAAUUCAAUACCAUAAUAAAACAAAACAGCGGUAAUUAACAAACAUAAUUUUUCCAAGUGCACUUUGGGAACUUGAGUGGUGAUCAUAGAUGGUUUCUCACUUAACUCCCUAAAGUUAUGAAUUAUGUAUAUAGAAUUUUAUUGUUGAAUUGUCUUCCAUUCCAUUUUAACAUUCUUCUUGGUCAUGGUGAGUUAACCAUUCAAUGAACUACAAGAUUUGAUUUGCUGUUAUUUAUUGUUGAAUUUUGCAACUGUGAGUGAUGCUGGUUUAUAGUGUUUGGGAAGAGGGGAACCUGUGUGUGUUCACAUAUGUGUCUAUGCUUUGUCAGUGUUUUCAGUUAUCUGUUCUAUGAAACAGCUGUCUGAACACAGUGGCUUUAAAUGACCCCAUUUUAUUAGCUCUCCCAGUUCCAUGGGUUGACUGGGCUCGGCAGGGAAGUUCUGCGGAUUUUCCUUGGGGUCCCUGAUGCAACUGCAUUCAGGUGGUGGCCUAGCUGGGAUGGCUUGGCCUUUGGUCUCCAUGUGGGCCUCUCCCUUGGUUCUCUCUAUUGAGCUGGCUGGGUUUCUCACCUGGCAACUUAGAACUCCUGCAGGGUUAAGAGGGUGGAUAUGGGUGCUGCUAGUUUUCUGAAUGGCUAGGCCUGGUACUGGAGUAGUAUCAUUUCUGCCAAAUCCAGUCAAUUAAUACAGUUAUAGGUGUCCAGAUUCAGUGAAGAGGCCACAUGGACUACACGGAGGCAGAACAGCGAGAGGCCCCACAGUCAGAUGGGGUGUCAGUGUUCUGGUGUCUGUUUUUAGUGGUGCUUGUUCCUUUGUCUAUUUCUCAUAGAAAUGUAACUUUUAAAACAGCAUUAAUACCUGUAGAACCAUCUCAGUAUGAAUCUUUGGAGAUGUUGAUCUUUGAUAAUUUUUUAUUUUCUUUAUGGUCAAGUUUUCUACUUUUUCUUAGGUAAAUUUCAGUUAAUCAUGUUUUUCUAAAUACUUUAAUCUGUACUUUGAAAUGUAUUGAGGAAUUUUUUUCUUUUCUCUGCAUAUGGUCAUUCCUAACAUGUAUCUGUCUUCCCUUUUUCGUCUUAGUCAUGUUAAUUAAAAGAAGUAUAUGUAAUGACAAUGUAUUACUUUUAGGAUGUAGAGGAGGGAGAUGAAAAUUUCAGAUGACCUGUUGCUUUUCACAAUUGAUAGUAUCUUAGGAUGAGUUGAAUUUAUUCUAUUUUGUAACUUUACAAAAAAUUUUUUCACAUAGUACAAAAUGUAAUAGCGAAGAAGGCAGCCAUCUGCAAGUCAAGGACAGAGGCUUCAGGAAAAACAAACCUGCUAAUAACCUUGAUUUUGGAUUUCUAGCCUCCAGAAUUGUAAG